UCACAGCCGUUACAGACAGCAGCUGCCCGAGCGUUCCGGGGACAGGCCUCACGGCAGCAGCGGACAGGCGCCUCAGCUCAUCCCCCGGCAGCAGCGAGCGGCCGAAGAUGCCGGAUGGGACCGUGCUGGUGCUGGCGCUGUGCCUGUUCCUGUCCUGCGCCGGGCAGCAGUACCAGGAGGAGGCCGAGCGCAUCAUGACGACCACGCCGGUCAUCGAUGGGCACAACGACCUGCCCUGGCAGCUCCUCAAGAGGUUCAACAACCAGCUGGAGCUGCCAGAGGCCAACCUGACGCAGCUGAACGGCACCCACACCAACAUCCCCAAACUGCGCAGCGGGCACGUGGGUGGGCAGUUCUGGUCGGCGUACGUGCCCUGCGAGACGCAGAACAAGGACGCGGUGAGGCGCACGCUGGAGCAGAUCGACGUGGUGCAUCGCAUGUGUGAGCUCUACCCCGACACCUUCGCCUGCGUCGUCGACAGCGCCGGCAUCCAGGAGGCCAUGCAGAGCAAUAAGGUGGCCAGUCUCAUCGGGGUGGAGGGCGGCCACUCCAUCGACAGCAGCCUGGGCGUCCUGCGCACCUUCUACCGCCUGGGCGUCCGCUACAUGACUCUGACCCACAGCUGCAACACCCCUUGGGCUGACAACUGGCUGGUGGACACCAAGGAGGAUCCGGUCGAGCACCACGGCCUCUCAUCCUUUGGGAAGACAGUGCUGGAGGAGAUGAACCGCCUGGGCAUGAUCGUGGACCUGGCCCACGUCUCGCUGGACACGAUGAACGUCGUGCUGAACCUCUCCAAAGCCCCCGUCAUCUUCAGCCACUCGUCUGCCUUCAGCCUCUGCCCGCACUACCGCAACGUGCCCGACGACGUGCUGCGGAGGGUGGCCUCCACGGGCAGCCUGGUGAUGGUCAACUUCUACAACAGCUACGUGACGUGCAGUAACACAGCCACGGUGGCUGAUGUGGCAGACCACAUGGACCACGUGAAGAACGUGGCCGGUAUCGACUCCGUCGGCUUCGGCGGGGACUACGACGGCGUCACGGGGAUGCCCACCGGCCUGGAGGACGUGUCCAAGUACCCCGCGCUGGUGGCCGAGCUGCUGGCGAGGAACUGGACAGAGGCAGAGGUGAAGGCGGCCCUGGCUGGAAACCUGCUCCGUGUCUUCAAGCAGGUGGAGGCGGUGAAGACGUCCCUGCAAGGCACCGCUGCCCGAGAGACCCCCAUCGCCUUCGAGGAGCUGGGGGACACCUGCAGGACCCGCUACGGCUACAGCGACGGCAGCAACGGCGCCGGCACAGCCCGGCUCGCGCCCGCAGCCCUGGCGCUGGCCCUGCUCCCCUCCCUGCUCUCCUAGCACUGCCCUGCCCGGCAGGAGCUGGGGGCUGGCCUGGUGGCCACCGGGCUGAACACCCCCUGACCCCCCCUUCCCCC